AUGUUAAGAAAUGGUGGUGGACUUCUAAGAAGACUGGUAAGACGGCUGUCGUCAUCAAUCCCAAAAGAUCCAAAAUCGGGGUUACCAGCGAUUCAGGACCUCAAAAAGCAUAUUAUUCGUGAUGCACAUGGAAACUACGAUCCAUCUACGUUUCGUGCUCGACACACAACACUUAAAACAAGAGCUGACUUGAAGAAUGCUCAACGAAUUAUAGUAAAGAUGGGCAGUGCGGUGAUAACCCGAGAUGAUGAGUGUGGUCUCGCUCUUGGUAGGCUGGCAUCCAUAGUUGAACAGGUAUCAGAAUUGCAACAGAUUGGGCGUCAGAUGCUCAUUGUUUCAUCCGGUGCAGUAGCAUUUGGGAGACAAAAACUUCGUCAUGAAUUGGUAAUGUCGUUGUCAAUGCGACAAACCCUUCGAGGUCCAGCAGGCAUCCAAACUGAUAAACGAGCGUGUGCAGCGUCAGGAAUGCCCGGUCUUAUGAGCCUUUACGAACAACUUUUCCAACAGUAUGGAGUUACUGUUGCUCAGGUUUUGUUAACAAAGCCUGAUAUCGAAGAUGAUCAACGAAGGAACCACUUGAAGUCAACAAUCGAAAGCUUGCUAAAUCUAAAUAUAAUACCAAUUGUGAACGCUAACGAUGCUGUUGCACCUGACCCAAAACAGAACGCUCACAUAAGUGACAACGACUCACUGGCUGCAAAACUUGCAGUCACAAUUAAUGCAGAUCUUUUGGUUAUUCUGUCGAACGUUAGCGGUCUAUACACCGGUCCGCCUGGAUUAGAAGGCUCCAGACUUAUUCACACAUACUCGCCGUUUGAAAACACUGGGGUAGUUUUUGGAGAAAACUCCAAAUUUGGCACAGGUGGAAUGGAAUCUAAGGUAGCGGCUUGCGCAGCAGCCCUUCAGAAAGGCGUCGCUACAGUGAUCACAAGUGGUAUGGACCCAUCAGCUAUAACAUCAACAAUUGCUGGAAAAAAAGUUGGAACGCUAUUUACGCAGUCAACGUCUUGUGAAGGUCCACCAAUUGAAGAAGUUGCUACCAAAUGUCGUGAAAAUGGUCGAAUGCUACAAAUGCUCACUAACGAAGAUCGCGCAAAUAUCAUCAAACAUCUUGCAGAUCUUAUGGUGUCUCGUCAAAAGAUCAUCAUGGACGCCAACCGUCUAGAUAUAACAAAUGCAGAGAAGAACGGCUUGGAAAGGCAGUUAUUAUCGCGGUUAAAGCUUACGGAAGCGAAAUUAGAAUCCUUGCAUGCUGGACUAUAUACAAUUGCUGAAACGGCCAAAACGCUUAUUGGGAGAACUAUCAAGAAAGUUAGAAUCGCUGAAGAAUUAAUUCUUGAACAGAUUUCCGUACCAAUUGGAACCAUUCUAGUGAUAUUCGAGUCUAGACCUGACUGUCUUCCACAGGUUGCCGGUUUAUCCAUAGCAUCUGGAAAUUCACUUCUGCUAAAAGGUGGCAGAGAAGCCGAAGAAACCAACCGAGUACUGCACAGUUUAGUGCAAGAAGCUCUAGGAACCCAUGGCUAUGGAGUUCGAGAUGCAGUAACAUUAAUUCGAUCCAGAGAAGAAGUAGCCGACUUGCUUCAACUUGACGACCUCAUCGAUUUGGUAAUACCUCGCGGUUCUGCAGAACUAGUUAAAAACAUGCAGCUUUUGUCCAAGCGAAUCCCAGUGCUAGGACAUUCAGAAGGUAUAUGUCAUGUCUACGUAGACAAGGAUGUCGAUGAAAAGAUGGCUCUACAAAUUGUCAGAGACUCUAAAUGUGAUUACCCUUCAGCAUGCAAUGCUGCCGAGACAAUCCUUAUACACAAAGACCACUUGAAAACCCGAUUCUUUGACGAUUUAUGCGGCAUGCUUAAAUCGGAAGGUGCAACUCUUCAACUUGGACCACCAGCAGCUGAAUCUCUGAAAUAUGAAUACAAUCGACUAGAAUGCACACUCGAAAUUGUAGAUUCAGUCGAAGACGCAGUAAAGCACAUCAUUCGCUACGGUAGCGGGCACACCGACUCAAUAGCCACCUCUGACGAAUCGACAGCUGACUACUUCUUGAAACAUGUGGAUAGCGCCUGCGUCUUCCAUAACGCAAGCACAAGGUUUUCAGACGGCUAUCGUUUUGGACUUGGGGCCGAAGUUGGUAUAAGUACAGGCCGAAUACACGCAAGAGGGCCAGUAGGUGUCGAAGGGUUGUUAACAACGAAAUGGAUUUUACGAGGUAAUGGACAUGCAGUUGGCGAUUUUACCAACGGCAAAUAUCACUACAUUCACGAAAUUCUCGAUACAAAAGAUAAAGUAAAAGUCCUACAACAAAAAGUCAAAGACCGGGCAGCCGCCCAAGCAAAUUGA